AGGUUAUUAUUUCACAAAUUUCUGAUUUGUAGUAUUUGACGAAAAGAAUUUUAGUAUUUAGUAAAAUUUAGGUUUUUCGCCAUUGAUGAGGUUAUAGUUAGCGGAUAGUUGAGUCUGUAUGAUCAUAUGUUUUAUCUUGAAGCCAUGAUGUAGUUCGAAGUUAGCAAUUGAAAAAUUAAUGUUAGUUAUGCUUGAUAGCCGGGUUGAUAGCGUGUUGGUUAGAAGAGAUAGGGAUGUAGUGAAGGGACCUAGACUAGGCUACUUUUAGAAUCGCUGGGCCUACUCACCAACCUCUCCUGUCCUUAUAAUUAGACAACCAAAUAACAUUCAUGGUUGACCUGGUCGAGAAUGCGAAUCAAGGGAUGCUCGAGCAGGUCGACGCCGAAGCCGCGGCCACCGCCGGUCCCAUCCACCUCGCGGCCCAACGUCACAUUCCACACUUACGCCUGCCCGCCAGACCACGCGGCAUACUACUGCCUCAACGGCGCAACCUGCUUCACCGCAAAGAUCGGCGAGAGCUGGAUACCCUACUGCGAAUGAGGUGUGAAUGGGACCUUUCUCCUUACGGGGGUGGGACGUGCCUUCCCACAAGGUGCCCGGAUUACUGUCAAGUUACCGGCUCUUCGUCAGUGCGGUUGUUAAGGUUUCCCCGAACUCGCUGUAGAUCGCCAACCAGAAACGCACGCCUCCGGAGUGGUCCGAUCGUUUCAUCUAAAGCCUCUCGACGGCGGGUAAUGCUGGAGACAGCUAGUAUUGCUUCAGGUGCCACUGUUGCUGUCUUCCUUGUUGUCGUCAUAUGCAUGUUUGUUUAUGUCCGUGUUCAGCGAAAAAACAAACAGAACCUUACAGCGUCAGGUGAUAUGAGGGAGGACCUUGAGAAACGAGGUGUUGCACCAAGAGAAGGGCAUAUUCCGUAUGCAGUCCACCAUGUCUCCACGGAAAGGGGAACAGGAGACAACAUAAGAUUAGCAGUGUACAACACUGACCCGCCGUAGGAGCAUGCAUGGGCGUGAAUAGAGAUCACAUCGACCUCUUGUGUAUUUUAUAAAACCCUACCAUGUCCCAAAAAUGUUUUUUAUAUAUUUAUGGACUAAAGAAUAGAAGAAUAAGUGUUGGCCUUGAGUUAUAACAUUCCACGAUGUUCUUGUUGGAUUGAUUUUAAAGACGCAAGUGGUAGAACUGCGACCCCUCCCACUCGGCAGCCCUACAAGACUCUAGUGCAUUCAUCCUCUUUUUGUACAUUAAUCUUUGUAGAUAUUUUCUAAUAUUAAACAAUGAACGCCUCAGUUUUGUUUAUAAUCUAAGAUCCCUCUCAUUUACCUGUUAUUUUGUCUAUUAAGAAGCUAUAUGUAUAUAUAUAAUUUAAUAUAUAUAUAUAUACAUAUAUAACUCUAUAGACUACUAUUUGUAUUGUAUUAUAGUACUAUGAAUAAGUAUUAUGUCAGUGCGUGACAUAUAUUAUUAAAUUGUAAUAGUAAAUUAUAUAAUUAUUAUGAACUUGGUUCCUAAUUUAUUAUUAUUGUAUGUUUUAGAAACAUUUCUCAUUGUAUAUAGCCACUGUGAGCUCAUUGGUAUAUCAACUUGUACAAUAUCACUUGUAAAUAAUAUACCAAAGAUAGUGACGUUUAAUUGUGCGUCGAGGUCACAGCAUAGCAUUUAAGAGCAUAUUUGUCAUGAAUUUUAUAAUUUUUAGCUAAAUCGUAAAUUAUCUAACUACCAAAGCUAAUUUAAUUGUCUAUUUAAUAGCCUAGUUCUAUUAUUAUGUUCAAAAUUGUCUUUUUUUUAAUACCAAAAUCUUAGUUAAUUUAUCACUAUAUUAUCGACUUCAAUCACUCGAGGCUUUUUCAAACUUUUUAAAAUAAUAUUUUCGAUAUGAUUUUACAAUGGAGUUGGUUUUAUUGUUUUCUCAUGCCAUUGAUGGUUAUUUAAAACAAUUUACUUUUCAAACUAACUGUUACUAAUGUUCCUGCAUCUCGUACCCAUGUAAACUAACUAUUAAUAAGUAAUGAGACUUUUAAAAAAUAUUUCAGUUGUCGACAGAACUGUGUAUGUGAUUUCUUAAUUCAUUUAUGAUAGUUACAAUAAAAAGAAAAAAGCGAGAGAGAAAGAGAAAAAAAAACGAUCCAGUCAAAUAAAAUUAUUUUAUGCUGAAAAAUUUUGCUAAGUAAAAUAAGAAGCAGUUGUUACAAUUUAGCUAUUUAUAAUUGAUUAAAGAUUACAACCAGUGUAUUAUAUAUGUGUAUGUAAAUUGUAAUUUUUGUAAAUGUGACUAUAUAGGCACUAGUCAGCUAGCAGCUUCAGCUCCUAAUUUAUAAACUAAAUUAAAUUCAUUUUUAAUUAAUCUGCCUCAAUAGUAAGCAAAGGGAAUAAAUAUAUUUAAUAAAUAUAUAUAAUAUAUCAAUGUAUUCUGAGUGUUUUUUAUUUUUUUAUGAUUUUCCUGAUAAAU